CAGCGACAGGGGACAGCGACAGCCCCAGGGACAGCGACAGUCCCCGGGACAGCGACAGACCCCGGGAUAGCGAUAGACCUCGCCGGGGUGAGCCCUGCGGGUUCCCUUCAGGAGCCGAGGCUCCCUGCGCGCAGCCCAUGCCCGAGAGGGGCUGAGAGUACCCGGGCAGGUUGCGGUUCGUUCUUCCCUGCCCCGCCGACUUUUCAUCAGCCUUGAAAAGACACCGAGCGACCGUCGGGACCGAGAACUACCCGCAAACCCACACCGGGCCUUGAGCAGAGCUUUAAAGGUCCUGCUCUCCCCAGGAAGGUGAGACCCACGAGCUCCAGGAGAGUUUCCAAGCACCUUGGCAGCUGAGAAGUUACACUGGGCAUCAUGAAUGUCAAUGAUUUUGUAAUUCUCCCAGGCUCAAAAGCUGGAACCUCAGUGAGAUUAAAAACAAAAACUGUCAAGGAAUUGCAGUUGGAGAAAGCUCAGUUAGAAACAGAAAACAAAGAGAUGGAGAGAAGAUUAUUGCAGCUGCAGUUAAACAUGAACAGAGAAAAAGAAGAGAGGAGGAAGUUGGGUGCUUAUCAUUGGAAAUCUGGGCAGGCAGGACCAAGGACCCCCCAAACCAGAGCUGUGGCACAAAAUAAUGAAAACAGGAAGAAGGUUUCUCCACAAAGAGUGAAGUUACAAGUACUCAAACAGACUGAAGAGCCAGUGAAAAAACCAGUUAAGCCUAAAAGAGGAAAUCCUGCAGCUCAUGAAAAGUUGGGAGUGAAGGGGGUGGGCUACAGACCACCUGAAAUUAAGGCUGGACUGCUGGAACCAGGCUCAGCAUCGAGCAGUGCAAGCCCUGGGAAGCAGGACAGAGGAUUGCUGCUGAGCGGCGCCUUUGAUGAGAAGGCGUCUGCAGAGUCUUUCCAGGAAGCUUUGCUUCAGUGGAGGAAAGGUGAAAGUGAGGCUGGAGGAGCUCUGUGUGCCACUGAGGUCCCACCAGAAGCUGUGGAGAAUUGUGAGGUGCAGACCAAUGUUAGUGCUCUGAAGGAGCCCAUCCAUGUGGAAUUCCAGAAGGAUGGCCUGAGCUACAUGGAGAAACUCCUGCUGAAGAAAUACAGAAGAACUCCUGUUGAUCAAUUUUUUGCAAGUUGCACGAAAGAUUCAAGGCCUGUGCAAGCCCAGAGUGUUCAACAGGAUGGGGCUGAAGGAGGGGGAAAAGGAGAUGAUGAUGAUGAUGAUGAUGGCAUUGAGGAGUUAACAGAUGAAGAGGUGAAGAAAUACUGGGCAUCUAUUUAUAGAGCUGAAGAAUCCAACACUGUUUCUGAAAGUGCAGAGUCCUCUGUGAAAAUUGAGUUCCUUGAUGAUUCUCAGAGCGAGGACUUGGAAGAAUCUUCACACUCUUCAGUGGAGGAAACUGGAGAUGAGGGGAUGAAUAAGCAAGGAAAAACUGACCCACUGGAGAGUGGAAGAGAUCCUGUUUCUCCUAAAGAAACUCCUCAAGAAAAACGGAAUGUCUGCAGUGAUGUUGAAAUAAAUGCAGUGUGGGAGGAGAGCACGGAACCAAAGGCUGGGAGAGGAUCCCUGAGCUGCUGUGGAGAGAGGAAAUCUCCUGAGGAGAUCUGUGACCCCACUGGAGGAGGGAGCAGAGAUCUCCCUGGGGCUGAGCUGAGGAGCAGCAGAGAUCUGGAGACAGAGCUGCAGCAGGGCAGGGUCUGCAACACUCAGAGCUUGGUCCUGCCUGGCACUGCAAAAUCUUCAGCAUUACAGGAUGUAGCCAAAAGACAGAAAUGUGGUUCUACAUCAUAUCAGGGACUUGAAGGUUUCUUUGUUGUAGGUGCAAACCCUAAACAAGAAAAGCUGGAGGCACCUUCUUCCCUGUCUGCUGCCUCCAGCCCUAGGGACAGGACAAUCCCUUUUCCAGGAGAGGAGCAGUGGGUUUCUGAGAGGAGCCUGAGUGAACAUGCUGAUGACUCUGUGGUUCAAGGUGUGUUGGAAAGUCAGCUGAGCAGAGCUGCAAAUGCUUUCCAGGCUCAAAAUCAACUUUCUCAUCUGAUGGCAGCGUGGAUGCCGUGGUCAGACAUUUCAGGCCAUGAAAACCAUUCCAGCUUAGCUUGUGAAGAUGAAACCUCCUCCAGCAGAGCCAUGGAGAUCUCUGGAAAUGCAGAUUUCCAGAACACCCUGGAGCUGGAAGACCACGACACAUUUGAUCUUUUUGGGGACUGGGAGGAAAGCCAAAUGGAUGCUGAGGAAGCAAUUCUGGAGGACAAGCAGCAGGUUCUGGCAUUGCAGUGAACAUGGAAAAGUCAGCUCUGAAUCCACCUUUGGAUGGUUGAGAACCAAGAAGAUCAAGAGGUGUUUUAAAUUCUGCUCAAGACAUCAUUUACUAAGGAAUAUUCUGUAAAGUUGUCAUUAAAACUUCUUGAAAAUACCUUGAUUUGGUUUUAAAAAAAAAAACUUACUAUGAAGAAAUAACAGAAUAAAAGAACUUCUCUUGUGCUGC